UGCCGAAGGCGGACUCCGGACAGAAAAGGACGGGGCACGCAGUAACAGGCGGCUGGAGAGCGAUCAAUGCAGACAUGUCGCUGUGUUCGGUGGUUCUCUCAGUGUUGAAGGUGUAUUAUAUCGGCUUUAAGGUUCUCCUGUACCAGCUCUUCAACAAAUCGUUCACUCUGCCAGUUUUUCCCCAUCUACAUGGAAGGGUUGCCAUAGUGACGGGGGGCUCCAAAGGAAUUGGAUACGAGACGGCAAGACAGCUGACAAGUCUGGGAAUGCACGUUAUAAUAGCUGGAAAUCGUGAAGAAGAGAGUCAGAAUGCAGUGAGGCGAAUCCGAGAGGAAAAUGUCAAAGGAAAAGUGGAGGGCUGCCACCUUGACCUAACAUCCCUGAGGUCCAUCCGAGAGUUUGUCCAGACAUUUAAAGAUAGAGGCCUUCCACUACAUGUUCUUGUCAACAAUGCUGGUGUCAUGUUGGUUCCUGAGAGGAAGACAGAGGACGGCUUCGAGACACACUUUGGAUUGAACUACCUAGGGCACUUCAUGCUGACACAGCUACUUUUAGACACCCUGAAGCAUUCUGGGAAGCAGGACUCCUGUGCUCGUAUCGUCACAGUCUCUUCUGCCACACACUUUGUGGGUGAAAUCAACCUGGAGGAUCUACAGAGCCGAUCCUGCUACUCCUCUCAUGGGGCCUACGCCCAGAGCAAGCUUGCCCUUGUCCUGUUCAGCUAUUACCUGCAGCAGACUCUCACUGCGGAAGGGAGCCAUGUGACAGCCAACGUCGUGGACCCUGGAGUGGUCAACACGGACUUGUACCAGAACGUCAGCUGGCCCACUCAUCUCUGCAAGCAGCUCAUGAGCAGACUGCUAUUUAAGAGCCCGGAGCAGGGAGCAUCUACAUCCGUCUAUGCGGCCGCCUCUCCAGAGCUGGAGGGGGUGGGGGGCUGUUACCUGUACAACGGGCAAAGGACGAAAUCGGCAGACGCCUCCUACGACGAGGAGCUCCAGAGACGGCUGUGGAGGCUGAGCUGCAGCUAUGUGGGGAUUCAGGAGGAGGGCCAGUGCAGCCUGUCGAGCCGGCAGCUGACGUCACAAGUGCUUUAGGCUGGCCUUCCUCCUGGUGUCGGUGCACAGCACCGAGAUGUCUGCCUUCCUCCGCAGAAGAAACGCACUCAUUUACCACCAUCAGUAGCCCAAUAAACAGGAGCAGGCAGUGAAAUGCGUAAUAACUACAUUCAAAAAGGCACGCAACAUAUCAACCUUUGUGAGUUGGAGGUAACGUACUGUAAAUAAACACGUUCAGCGUCAUUUCUUAAGCUGCUGCGAUCUAGAGUCUUCUAAAUAUUGAAUAAUGAAUUUUGCUGACUCUGCCGUAACAUUGCACUGACACACAUCAAAGAGCCCACCAGGAACAGCUGGGUGGUCAUACAGUAUGUAGGAUUUCAUGGUAGUGUGUUUGCAGUAUUUGGGUAGAGGCUUAAAGAGUAAUGAUUUUCCCUUCACUGUUAGGCUCUUGCCUUUUGACUUUUCCUUUGUUCUAAACUAAGUUACAGAACUAGAUUUCUGUUACCCUUAAGCUAUGAGAGACCAUGCAAUGAAAAACAACAGUUUAGCUCUCUACAGUUAAAAGCAGAAAAGCAAGAAAGGACUGUCAUGCUUCUUAAAACGUGAUUCUUUUCCUUGUAACACUGUGACCAUGCAGUACGUAGAUAUGAUCUUCCUCGCAGUGAGCUCCUGGGAAGCCCCUAGGUGUCUUGUCGACUCUUCUGCAAAUCCUGUGAUAUACGAGAUUUCAUUAGUACCAUGUGAGAUUACAGUUAUUACUGAUAUUUGUUAAUCCAUUAUUAAUGUGUUUGUAAAAUCUUGUCUGCUCCUUCAUAGGAUCCCGGCAUCUUGUUACGUCAGUCAGUUUUUAAAAUUGCUUCAGGAAUUUAAGAAACUAUGUGGUUAACCUGUGUGUUAAGUUACUAGCACAUUUUUUACUGCUGUCUCAUUAAGAUGCUGUCAUGCUUUACAUUUACACCUACAAAGCCUGAGUGUAUAAUAAUAAUAAUUGUAACUCAGAAAUGCUGCAUGGAUCACUUAUUAAAAAUAUUUAUACACUGAGCAUCAAAAAGAACGUAUCACUUGUGGAACAUCCCUAACUCUGCUCCAGUCCCUGAGGAAAAUUAAAGGCCCAGGUGUUCCCAGGUUUUCUUAUAAAGACAUGGCAAAAUCUAAAACACAAAGCAAAAGUCUUCCACAUACUAUAUAAGGAUUUAACAAAAACACAGUACUUUUGUAUCAGCUUAACUCUUACUAUUACAUCUACACACUUCAGCUGAGCUUGGGAAAACACUUGUCUGUUUCCUGUGAGAUACAGUACUACACCCUUAUAUACAAAAUCAAACCCGUGUGAGAAUAUCCAUAUUCCAAAAUAAUUAUCGAAACAGUCUUGCAAAACAGAUUAACCUCAUUACGCUGAGGUGAACUGUGUACAAAGCCAUCUUUUGAGGUUGUUUUGGUGACCUCUAGUGUCACACCUAUGGUCACUACAGACAUUUCAGGGGCCAACUUGCCACACAUUUUUACACGUUUUUGAAAAUAGUAUACAAUUGUUUUUCAUUGUUGUUUUUUUGCUGUAAUUUUGAUUAAUUUAUCAUCCAUGACUGUCUCAUGUUGCAGUUGAAUGAAGUCAGCUUUUCUAUAAGCAAUUAAUCAGUUAAGGGGGUGAUUUAACCCAUUGGAUGCCAAGUUUGGCGAAAAUCAAGAAAGAACCCUACAGAAAGCAUCGUAUAUGCCGUGCUUAUGAAGAGAACAUUUGUAUUUUCCAUAUUUUCAAUCAAGCGCUGUGUAACAACGAUCUAAGGUUUAAUGUUGACUGCCCUGAUUUUGAUGCAGACAAGCAGAACCAUAGGUUGAAUACACAGAGCAAUCAAUGGGGAUCAGUAUGAUGUCCUGGACAGGAAGGCCUAGCUGCUAAAGAACACCACCUGUAGUGAUUAAGGGUGACCUGACCACAUUCAGUAGCACUGUGCUGAUUGAGUCCUGGUAUCUCACUUUCCACCCUUCCUGUUGACUCAUCCUGGCACAACACCACAUCCUCAUGCUGCUCCUGUAACUAAAUGGAGUGAAUGUGGAUGUUGGGUUGAACCACCAUUAAGCACCAGUGAGAUGAGUUUGUGGCAGCAAGGGCUCAGACACCAGUGAACAGGUACUUGCUUGUCCAAACUCUAUGAGAGGAAUUGGACCGAAACCCACAAGAUAGCAUCUGGAACAUGGUGCAUAUUAUGCAUCACAGAUGGACAGCUUGAUAUGCUUCUGUCAGUGGCCAUACACUCUAUUAGUCUGUGAAUUCCACAAUAAGCCUCUUGAUCAUCACUGUUGUUGUCUAAUGAUAAUCAGCGUAAUACAUUUCCUACACCAUGCAUGUUCAAAUAAACUGCCUGUGAAACUGCUAUAAAAAAGCUCUCUUUAUGAAUUAAUUACAGUUAUAAGUGAUACGUUUCUUUUGAUGCUGAGUAUAUAACAAAUGUUCUGAUUUGAACUUAAAUAGGAAACUCAAUUUAAAUUAUAUUCCAUUACAUGUUAAGAGUAUCAUUUUCUAUCAAAGAGUCAUAUAAAACAUGCUGUACAAAACAAACAUAAGUUUAAUAGCAUUGCCACCUGCUUGUUUAUGUCCUUGAACCAGGUGUUUCAUUUAUAGUGAGAAAGUGCUCCUUCAUCUCCUGCAUACGACAGUUUAGGUAGAAAUUGCAUUUGACAUUUAAGCUCUUUCAGCAAUACUAAAAUACUACACUCAAACAACCAAACACCAGUAAUGCGAGCUUUGAUUCAACAUCAUGCUCUGUGCCUAAACAAUGCAAAAGAAACUGAAAAUGAUGUCUUCACUUUUCAGUAUUUUAUUUUAGAAUGAUUUCAUAUUGUGCUUUUGGAAGAAUAAAUGAAUGGACUACAAUGUUAUUACUCUCCUGCUUUUAGUUUGGAAUAAAUGAGACUCAUUGUAUUACAUGGGCUUUUCUAUAACAUAAAUUUCAGGAACUUGUGUUUUGAGUAAAAUAAAAUCUCACAAUAUGUCAGCAGCAACUUUCUUUGAUUCAGGACCCUUCCCAGAAUUUGGCUGAUCAAUAUUUUACCGAGAAUGAAAUUAAAGCAAAUACUUGGGAAGAUUUCAACUUUGAAAUCAAGUCCAAUGAAAAUGCUAACACCAACACAAGGUGGCAGGAUUAUCUAAAUAAACAUUUAAUUAAGAAUAAACAAAAAUUGGCAUCAAAACAAAAACUGUGUGUGUUGUCAAUACCCUAGCUACUGUGAAAUUGAAUAAAUUUGUAUGUAAAUACAGUGCUUUCAUUAUGAAUUAUAAAAUCGAUCCCUGAAUACUAAGUUACAGAAUGAAAUGAAAUUGAAUGUUUCCAGGUUGCAGUGAUAGUUUUCAAGCAAGAAAGAGUAGAGGUUGCUUGUGGCUGACAUAUUGACCUUGAGCUUCUUAAUGAUGAUGUAGCUUAUUAUAAAAUUAUGAAAGGACAUCAUGCAGAGAGUCUAUCUAGUGUUCUUCUAAAUCUAAAUAAAAGAAAAAUGUCAUAAGCCACAUUAAACUAAAUAUUUAAGCUUCCAUCUUUAACACCAAAGUAAAUAACAGGGGGUGUAUCACUACUCACACUUGAUAUGUUUCAUUGUAUUUCAUUUUUCAAAGUUAUUCUGAAACAUUAAUUAAAUGAUUAACCAGUAUGCUCCAUAGCAAAACAUGUAACUGGUAAAUGUAAUGUCAUUUAAAAGAAGCACAUCAUAUCUGAAAUCUGCUGAUAAAAACUGGGAAAUUGUUUUGUCAUGGAGUACUAGUUCUUGGUCAGGUGGGGACAGUGCUUCUGCCCUUGAGAAAGGUGCUUUUUCCUUUCUAGGCAUGUGUAAGUGACAUAAUCUAUACACAUUUCAUAUCCAUGGUGAAAGUGCAAGUAUGUUUGUCAUAAAGAACGGAUACAUGCCUUAUAUUCACUUUACAUACAACGAUACUGUUAAAUUUUUCCUUUCAUCUAAUUAUUUUCCAAAUGACUGAAUGUUUUCAGCAAUGAUCUAGUUUCUCAGCUAUUUCCGAUGGCUUAUCAACUUGAGAAAUUUCAGUGUUGCGCCAGUAAACUCAUGGCCUGUGCUAUCAUAGUUGCUGUUAAAUGAAUCUUAGUACUUGAUAAGUGAUCAGAUUAAUCUGUUCAAAUAUCUUCAACAAACGAUGUUUAUCUCUUAUGAAAAGAAUACACAUAUUCUAUUGUAAUACUCCAAAUACUCCGAAUACAGCUAAUGUUCACAGCAACUUACAUGCUAUAAACUAAAGUCACAUUGUAUUUCAAUAUUAUGAUGAUCACUGUGAUAUCUGACUUUUGCAAGUAAUCCUUUUUAUGGAAUAAUGCUUGUGUGUGGCUGGUAACAUCCGCUCAACCUUCUUUUUAAAGUAAAAAAUCUUAAUGGAUGUAUAAAAUUAAAACCACUCAAAGGUAUGUUAAUAUGAUAAAAAUAGCAUACUGUAAUUUGCGUCACACUUAUUCAGAUAUUUUCUUAUUUUAUGAACUGUUUGCAACUUACUUUGUUUAAAGGAAUUCUGUUGUUAGACUGGCAUACUAUAUGGAUUUCUAUUCAUAGUCUUAAUUGGCCUUGAAAGAAACUAAUUGCAGCAUUACAAAAAUAAAUGAAAUGAGUAAAACA